AUGGCGAGCACCGCACCGCUCGACGCGGCUUCUCUGGAGCUGGCACGCUCCUUGCCGAUCGAGUCGAUCCCAGAGAGACUGCGCUGCGUGACAUGUGAUAAGCUGGCCUUCCAUGCCAUGAAGCUGCCAUGCUGCGACAACAACAUCUGCGGCGACUGUCCUGGUUCUGACUCGUCCACUGGCUACGACACUCUGAACACCACCGAAUGCCCCCUAUGCACUCACUCACCAUUUUCCGCCGACACCUGCAUCCCCGCGAAAGCUCUCCAGACGACGACCAAGGUUUUCAUCAAGAACGAGCUCAAGAAGCGUGCCAACGAAAACAAGGCCAACGCAGCAAAGGCCGUGACCGAGACACCCACACUGCCAACGGCAGAAUCUACAAACACCCCAACCCCAGCACCUCCUGCCACAGCAGUGCCUGCAGAUCCAGAGGCUACCCCUGCCGUAGCUGACGGCAACCUCGAGGCUUCACAGGAGCCUACUGUGAUCCCUGCUACUAACCUGGACGCAGCACCUACCACAGAGAUCCCAGAUGAAUCCAUGAACGGUGGUGGAGAUGGCGAGGCUGCAGAGGCAGACCAGGACGAUGAAGAGGAUGACGAUGACGAUGUGGUAAUUACGACCGAGCGACCUCCCACUGAGGACAAGCCACAGCAAGGAGAAGGGGAGGCGCAACAGAAUGAAGAGCAAGGCGACUCAUCAGAGCAGAAUGUGCAGAUGGACCAGCAGCAACAAAGCUUCGGCGUCGAUCAGACUGCGAACGGUUUCGGCAAUGGUAACUUCGGCAACAUGAAUAUGAACAUGAACGGGUUCAACCCGAUGAUGGGCAUGCCUGGCUUCGGCAUGGGUAUGCCAAAUAUGAUGGGCAUGAUGGAUCCAUCGAUGAUGUUCAAUGGCAACUUCGGCGGCAUGGGCGAUAUUAGCGCUAUGAUGGGGAUGGGCAUGAACGGCAUGGGAGGCGGCAUGAACGGCAUGGGCGACUUCAAUGGAAUGGGAGGUCCUGGUUUCUUUCCGAAUCAAGGAAACUAUAUGCAAUCAAAUUACGGAAACGCUCACCGCCAGAACUUUUUCAAUGAUCGUGGCUACGGUCGUGGAUAUGGCCGAGGCUUCGGUAGGGGCCGUGGUAAUCAAUAUGGCCGCGGCCGCGGCGGUUGGGGCUACCAGCAGCAACAUCAGUACGGCCACAACCAGCAGUUCGGACAAAACCAGCCAGGUGGUCCGCAACAGAGUGGUGCCAAUCCCAUGGAUGUGCCAAAUCAGCGGCGUGGGUCUCCAAGUUACGAGGCUGGUAAAGGUGCUGAUGGUGCCGCUGCGACUUCUGGAGACAGUCUGCCCAAGGCCGAGAACGGUGCGGAUCCGGACGCCAUGGAUACUAACAACGCAGAGAACACUAAUGUCGCAGAUGAGAGCAAAUUCGAUGACGGCAAUGCCGUGCCAGGCCAGGAUUCACAUGAUCCAAAUGGCUCUGGCUAUCAGAAUGGAGGUUUUGAAGACGGCAACUUCGUCGCUGCCAACCAGUCUGGCAUGCAAGACGGUUCCAACUUCGACGAGAGCAGGCAGGAUCAGCAGCAGUUCGGCUACGGCCACAACGAUUUCGCCGGUCGUGGAGGUUUCAGAGGACGAGGCGGUUUCUCGAGAGGUAGCGAUGUCACCGAGCUCACGCCUGCCCCAGCACCGCCCGUCAAUGCUCCAACUGGCCCAAAGGCUAUGCGCCAAGGUCUACCCAAUACUGGCUGGGCGAGUCGCGCAAUGGCACAGAAGCCGACACCAACCCCUGCUCCUGAAGUGAAGGCCCCAUCCCAGUCGGUAGAGCCGCGUGAUGAGAGAAUGCAAGACGGCCCGAAUGGCGAUCGCGGUAGAUCACGCACUCCAGAUGAGUACAAGCGUCGCAGCAGCAAGGGCAAAGACUACGACGACGAGGAGUACGAGUCAGAUGAGACGUAUGCCCGACGCAAGGAGCGAGAGAGACGCAAGCGCAAGGAGCGUGAGGGGCGCCAUGAGGAUGACCGCGAUAGAGACGACGAGAAGUCGAGCAAGAAGUAUCGUUCCCGAUCUGAGUCCCGCACCGACGAGGGCUCUCGCCGCCGCCAUCGAGACAAGGACGACGAGCAUCGCUCAUCUCGUUCCCACCGCGAUCGUAGCAAGGACCGUCAACGACGACGUCAUCGCUCCAGAUCUCCAGCCAAGGACGGCGCUGAAGACGACGAAUACUCGAGACGCAAGAGCAAGAGCGAGCGCUGCGAUGCAGAAUAUGACGACGACAGCCACAAAGACUCUCGCCGCAGCCGCAAGCACUCCCGUCGUGAGGAUGACUACACCGAAGACCGAAAGAACCGCUCCUCCAAGCACGAGCGUAGUGAUCAGCGUGAAGCCGAGCGUGAACGCCCCCGCACCAUCAUCGAGCCACCCUCCGACGAACUCGGCUUCAAGAUCAAGGGCUCCCGCUCCGCCAAAAUGGCCCCUCCACCCUCCCGCGACCGCCGCAGCAGCGUGCAGAGCUCCAGCACACCCGUCACCUCCUCUGAUCCCUACGCGGAAGAGCGCGCUCGCGCGACGCAAGACCGUGUCCUGAAGGAAGCUAUGCGUCGGCAGUCUUCAUCUACACUCGGCAAGCGCGGUCGUGAUGGUGAGGAGGAGGCCUUCGAGGCGCCGAGGGGUCCGAAGGGUGAUCGGGGUCGUGUGAAGAAGGGGCGGAAGGAGCGGCGGAUCGGGUACAAGUAUGAGGAUGAGGUUGGUGGGGAGGAUGAGCGGGAGGCGGGACGAUGGAGCAUUUGUAUGCGCCUCUCUGAGGAAGGCAAGCAUGGCUAUGGCCUUCCAAAAGUCUUCGAAAAGGGAGGCGAGCGAUGA